CAUCAUCAUGACCCCUAGGUUUCCCAUACAGAUGAUGGUAAAUGGUGAACGGUCUGUGCUUUGACACUGAGUCUUCACACAUUCUCACAGUAGAGCUGGUUGAGUCACUGCGGCUGCGUCUAACUCUCAUGACAACAUACAGCAGUGAUGUUUGAGCAGCGGGACAGAAAGCGGUCCUGCCUGGAGGUAAUUUCAUGUAAAUGCAGAGGUUGGUCCAGCGUUUCUCAGGGGGAUCCGGACUUUACUCUGUGCAGUAGGACACAUCAAGCACGCUGCAGCAGAGCUAUUACCAAAUCACAGGAAAGGGCGGUAGGACGCAACGGGCACAGCGUUUGCACAAGUGGUUGAAGGGAGGAGUUUGCGCUGAAACCCCUGUCCUCCACAGAGCCUGAGCAGGAAGUGUCCGCUUUGAACGGGCUCCAGCUGCCACACCGCUGGCGAUGAGAGCGUAGCUGUGCCAGUUUACCUGAAACUGAGCGUGUUUCACCCACUGCCACAAACAGGGUGUGAACGCAUCUCAUGCAGGAGAUGAGUCAAAGCGCCCCGGGGGCGGGGCUGCUCUCUGCUUUAAGAAGGGCCGAGCACAGGAGGCCGAGGCCGAGGCCGAGGCCGGCGCGUCCAGGCGAUUGCACCCUUUUGACCCGGAGUCCACCCAGGCGCGAUGCCACUGUCAGCAUCACAAGCCUUCCUCCUCCUCCUCCUCAGCUCCAUCCUCAGCCUGCUUUACCACAGCCUACUCGACAAGACGCCGGAGCCGGCGGCUCCUCACAGAACCAUCCGGGUCCUGCUGUGGCACUGGCCCUUCGGCCGCAGCUACAGCCUGGACGGAGACAAAUGCCUGGAAAUGUACAACAUCAGCGGCUGUGUUCUCACCGACAACACCUCCCUCUUCUCCACUGCUGACGCGGUCGUCUUCCACCACCACGAGUUAAGCAAAGGCCUGGCGUCGCUGCCGGUGCACCUGCAUCGCCCGCUGUCCCAGCACUGGGUGUGGAUGUCCCUGGAGCCUCCAGACAACAGCGCGAACCUCGAGGGGUUAAACGGCCUCUUCAACUGGACAAUGAGCUACAGGCGUGACGCAGACAUACCCAUCCCGUACGGAGAGACGGUGCCCGGAGGAGCGGCGCAGCCCAUGCACGCUGCUCCCAACCGCUCCUGCCUCGUCAGCUGGGUCAUCAGCAAGUACAGGCCUCAGCAAAGCAGGGCCCGCGUGUACCAGGACCUGAAGAAGCACAUCGGCAUAGAGGUGUACGGGCGGUGGAACAACAAACCGCUGUCACGCAGGAAGCUGCUGCCCACUAUUGCAAAGUGUCUGUUCUACUUGUCUUUUGAAAACUCGGAGGUGAAGGAUUACAUCAGCGAGAAGCUCUGGAGGAAUGCGUUUCAAGCAGGAGUGGUCCCGGUGGUUCUGGGGCCCAGCAGAGCCACCUACGAGGCCCUGGCCCCCCCCCACUCCUUCAUCCACGUGUCCGACUUCAGCAGCGCAGCGGCGCUGGCCGCGCACCUGCAGCGCGUGGCUGCAGACGGUGGAGCCUACGACGCGUACCUGCAGUGGCACCGGACCCACAGGGUCAGAACCUCCACGGACUGGAGGGAAAGGCUGUGUCAGAUCUGUGUCAGGUAUACCAGGCUCCCGGCCAGACGGGUCUACCACGACCUGGAGGCUUGGGUCAACAUGUAACAUCACAUAGCUGGGUUUGAAGGCAGGAGAAAAACUCAAAGUAGAAGUGAAAAUAAACGCUGUGGUGCAAAAAAGCAGAAGUGGAACCUGAAAUGUUUUCAUAAUUAAGCCUGUUGAUCUUCACACUGACAGCACAAAGCUGGAUCUGUUUGUAGCACUGUGUAAAGAUGUGUAUUAAAGCUGCCUCCUCCAAUGGAGUCCCUCCACUAGGCCGUCAGUGUGUGGUUGCAGCUGUUCAGCUGUUACUCUGCUCUGCAGUUACUGGUGUUUUACCUGACGUCAUGAAUGGUUCAACUUGUCCAACGCUGUGUUGUGUUGCCAGCAGAUGGCCUCAUUUACCAUCAUUCAACUCCAUAUUCAGACCAAUAAGAAUGCCUUUAUUAGUCCCACAGUGGGCAAAUUGCACCUUACAACCUCUACUAUUAUAUUCAUAAAACAAUAAAGAGGAACUGAACAUGAACAUGUUCAAGGUGCUUAGAGGUUAU